AUGAGUAUGAAUGGGGGUGAGUCAAUGCGCAGGCGCCUGGCCGCCUUAGAGCUGAGACUGCUUGAGCGUGAGAAUGCAUUUGAGCAUGCAGCUUAA